GUACACUCCCCGACAUCGUGUGGGACACAGGCUCUCAGGCAGUAAUUCUACCUGUAACGGGUCUUGUUGAACAGAGUAUCUGCCAGGCGCGAGCUGCUGUCAUGGUGUAUGACGGCAAUAAGAAGUGGGUCCCAGCUGGUGCCACGGGCUUCAGCAGAGUCCACAUCUACCACACGGGCAACAACGCCUUCCGCGUGGUGGGCCGCAAGAUCCAGGAUCAUCAGGUGGUGAUAAACUGUGCCAUUCCCAAGGGGCUGAAGUACAACCAGGCCACGCAGACCUUCCACCAGUGGCGGGAUGCCCGACAGGUCUACGGGCUGAACUUCGGCAGCAAGGAGGACGCCAACGUGUUUGCCAGUGCCAUGAUGCAUGCUCUGGAGGUGCUCAACUCGCAGGAUGCAG